GGAUAGACUAGUCAGUAAAAUAUUUCAUAUCACUUACGAUACCGGCAGUGUAUAUAGACUGAUUGAAAGUAAACACAAGAUAACCAGUGUCAUCCCACAUCAUACACCAAGAUAUGGAUGUCUUACUAAGCACAGUACGGCUGCCGGGUCAUGGGGGCUGGAUUCUCUGUAUCUUGCUAUACAAUCUAUCAGCGCUGUGCAGUUGUCAAGAUGCAUUCACACCUGAUGCGAGUGGAGGUUCAAAUAGCACUAUUAACGACGAUAUAUCGCUGGCUUUGAUCAUCGUAGCCGUGGUGUUAUUGGCGACUUUCCUUUGUGUGUGCUGCGCAGCGUGCCGGAACUCUCUUUGUCCGGACGAACAGACAGACAGUGAAGCAGCAACGGAUACUCCGGACACACCGAACCUUCUCUCGUAUGAAAUCGAGAUUAAUGAUAUGAUUCCGCCGACUUACAGUAAUCUUGUGGCGGAGGGAAUUAUCGGUGAAGAGAUAGUCAUUGAUAACAGCGGAAGGACUAACACCAGACCAAUUGCAAAUGAACUGGACCCUGUUACUCCACCGCCCAACUACGACGUCGUCUUCAAACCUUCGUGGCCCAGGUCGGCAUCGGCGUACGUGCUGCACCCAGAACGAAUCGAGGAAGUAGCGAUGGCCGAUCUUUACACACGACAGAACUCCCAGGAAAGAACUGCACGGUCACAGAAUUCAAUCAACCGGUCAGUGUCGUUUGUGGACGCCACUCCGGAGGAGACCGAACCAGACUCUGUCGAAAUACCGACUUCCGAGACGACUGACGGACAAACUCCCCGGGCUAUCUUUGAGCGUGAGAGCAUUUCAUCUACGACUGUUCACUCACCGUCGUCACAGGUCUCAAACUCUGUGUCGGAGUCUGGAAAUGAGAAUUCCCAGGGAUUGAGUCCAGUGUCAGAAAGUCAGCCGACACAAAGAACUGUUAUUGAAAACGAAAACAAUGAUAUAAAUGAGGCUACAUAAACGUACGGGAGGCUGUAUAUCAUAUCAUAACCAGUACUAUAAACAAUUAGUAUGGUAAAACAUAU